AUGGCUUCAACCUGGACCCCUCCAGCUACCGGCACCCUUUGCUGGAUUGAAAUUCCCGUCACAAACCCUGAACGAGCUAAAUCAUUUUACACCACUGUUUUUUCCUGGACUUUCAUGGCUAUGCCACCCAAAACCGAUGCUCAGCAGGCAGCCGAAAAGGAUAAUCCAUGCAACAAGACUGUUGCUCUCUUCCGCUUCCCAGACGAGAAGUUUAGCCACUUGGGUGGUGGUCUGAGUCUGGUAUCGGAAGAGGAGAUGCAACGAUACAAGCAGGGCGAUGGUAGCGAGGGUUUUUCUACUCGCAAAGGCGGAAAUCCAGGUAUUACCCUAUACUAUAUGGUGGAUAAUUUGGAUGAGUGCAUGAAGGCCAUUGUUACCAAUGGUGGGAAGCAGCUGAGUGGAGAAUUUCCCGAGGGUGAUCAUGGAAAGAUUAUGUAUGCUGAGGACUCCGAAGGGAAUAGGUUGGGUAUUUAUAAAUUUGUUGGAACUGGGUGUUAA